AUGCCACCAGCUACCGUCCUCGCAUGGAUCUCGAAUUGGGAUAUCCUGGACGUGGACACCAACAAGCGUUACAACACGGCCGUUCUAGUACGCUGGAAGCGCCUGUUUCGAUUUCUCUACACAGCCGUGGUGAUGGCAAGGGAUCCGUCGGUGGGGCUGAUUUUCCACAACGGGCGUCGUCUGGGGGAGAGCCUCGCAUCUCGAGACCGCGAACCCCGAGCACCACGUCGCCUGCUGCCGCUGGGCAACAUGGUCAAGAUCGAGCUCCAGGACGAGAUGGAGGACAACGACUUGGAGUAUCAAGGACUGAGCUGCCGGGAGAUGCGCGUCAUUCUCAACGACAGGAGGAUCCAGAACGGCCAGAUCAAGAAGAAGUCUCCAGCUCUGGACCCAGACUUGAAAGGCGUCGCCAAGAUGAAGCGCGCGGAGCUGCUCGUGCUGGCCAAGAAAAAGGGCAUCAAGGUCAGCGACGACAUGCUGAAAGACAAAAUCAUAUGCUUGCUACAGGGACAAGUUCCGAGAGCGAUCAAGAAGGAAGAGCUGAAGGAGGAAGCGCUGAAGCAGCUUUCGACUUCGAGGAGUGCUUUCAGCUCACGCUCGGGGGCCUGCGCGGCCAAGCCGAGCACGGUCAAAGAGCCCACGAGCUCCGCCGGCUCCGAGAACGACGCGGACCAGAUCAGCGAGGAGGACUUUGUGACCGCCGAAAACAUCGGACGGGAAGAGUCGCCGGAGGGGCCACGAUUGAAGAGGAAGAUGAAGCCAGGCCAGACCAAGCGCUUCAAGGAUAUGAUCAGCAAGGCUCUGAUGUUCCUCACGUGGCAGACGGCAUUCCUUGGAUCAUUCUUUAUCAAGCCUCUCUUCAACGAAGGGAAGGCAAUCGCUCAGGACAUGCGGGACAUUUUCAGUAUCAAGACAAAUCUACGUUAUGAUUUGAUGCAGAUAUUUGCCGGUGAAGCUGUCCUAUCCGAGGAGUUCAGUCAGGCAGGCUUGAAAGUAUGCGAGCCCAUAGACCAACGCUGCAACUACGACCUGCGCACGCCCGCUGAUCGACGCGAAGUUUUGAAUAUGUACCAUGCAUGCAGACCUCGACUCGUGACGCUGGAGUUUCCAUGUACGCUCUGGACGCAGCUUACAAGAAAAAACUACAAAGGCGAAUAUCGACAGCAAGAGUUGAGGAGGAAGAGGUUACGUGACAAGCCGUUGCUCGAAUUCGUGGAAGAAGUGAGUAUGCUGCAGUUGGGCAACAAGAACGACAUCCUAGUCGAGAACCCUUGGGAGUCAGAAGCAUUCAAACAGCCACAGUUGCUUCGUAUGAUGGCCCAUCCUAGAGUUCAUGAGGUGAAAGUCGACAUGUGCCGCUUCAACCUACGACAUCCGAGAUAUGGAGGCAAGGUCCGCAAGUCGACCAAGCUUCUGGUAUCCAACGAGUCGUACGUCAGGAAGCUGGGCAAGAUAUGCGACGAGAAACAUCGUCAUGACCACUUGGAGGGAGCUCACUAUACACGGUUGGCUGGCAGAUACACCAAGGAGUUCGCGAAAGCAGUACUAGUGGCCUAUCAGUGCAACAACUCUACCUAUAUGAUGGAGUACGGAGUAUACGCGACCGGAGACCUGAUGGACCUCAUGGGCGGAGAGUCCGACGAGUGGUUCUACUACGAGAACGUACGCGACUACAGGGAGCUGCCAACCAAGCUUCCAGACGGCCCCGACUGGACACGAGUGGGACGUCGCCGUAUUACGGACCUAGACGCCGACGUGGUGCUACAGGACUUCGAGAAAGCAGACAUUCCCCUGGAUCACAUACGAGCCAAGCUGGAUCGCACAGCCAAGUUGAAGCUACACCAGAACUUGGGCCAUCCUAGUAACGAAGACCUGGCCCGAUCUUUGAGGUUCUCAGGCUGCCGAGCUGAGGUGGUCAAGGCGGCUAAGUCGUUAAGGUGCGCGUCCUGCAUGAGCAAGGCUAAGAAGAAGAUAGCGCGCCCAGCUAGACUAUCUCACACGGCAGAUUUCAACGAGCAGAUCGGCCUGGACUGUUUCUCACGAUCAAGCGUCGCGGUGGAUCUCGAGAGAGGUUUUGGCUCAGUAUUCCAGGAGAUGCUCGACAGAUUUCACUGCACCGUGGUGCCAGUGGCAGGUGCGAAGAACGCUUUGCGCCGACAGUGUGGCUUCAGUCCGGAGCAGUGGGUAUUUGGAAAGAGUGCACGCUUACCUGCCGACCUUGUUGACGGAGCUCAUCACGAUGCGGCUCACGAGGGCGCGGAGCUACAGCCGAUGGAGCGACAACUCAAGAUGAGGACAGCAGCGCGCAAGGCUUUCAUGGAGAUGCAGAACGACAGUACCAUGCGCAAGGCUCUACUUGGACGUGCCCGAGUUACUCCUCAUCCCUUGGAGCAGGGAGAUUUGUGCUUCUACUAUCGGCAGCUCAAGAAGGGCUCCAUCAAGAAAGGGACCUGGCUUGGUCCGGCAGUGGUGGUAGGCAAGCAAGGCCAGAACUACUGGAUAUCGCAUGGUGGUUUCACGAAGCUCAUCGCUCCAGAACAUGCUCGACCGAUCUCAUCCGAGGAGAUCUGGUGGCCUGGCAUUGACGAUCAACACGGGGAGGCCAUCGAGCAGUUGCAGCGCGCCAUCAGGGACACCGACGUGGCCGCUGACAUGGAGUACGAAGACCUUCGAGCUGAACCACCACCGCCGCCAGAGGAAGAGGACGCCGCGGACGUAGAGAUUGGGCCUCCCGAGGCAGAUCCCUCCGCAGAAGUGGCGCAGCCUCAAGAUGAAGCCGACGUCGAGCUUCCAUCCGUGGAGGCGGAAGCUGCACGGCAAGCAGCCCAGCCAUAUUAUACGAUUGCGGAUGACGACUUGGACGAAGGAAGCUCUACCAACGCCGCCUUCGCCACGAUGCUGCGAGGAGCUCAAGCCCAGAGCGAGAGGCUCCGGAAGAAGCUGCAAGACAAGGAGAUCGCUUGGAAGGACAUUCCCGACGAACAGAAGGGCCUCUACAUCAAGGCGAUCGUGGAGCACUGGGAAGAGUGGAAGAAGUUCGGGUCGGUGGAGGUGAUGUCGCCCGAGGCUUCAGCCAAGGCGAGGGAGCAGAACGACAAGAGUCGAUUCCUACCGUCGAGGUUCGUGUUUCGUGACAAGAACGCUACCAUACGCACGGAGGCUAACCCAGUACCAGUUAAGGCCAAGGCUCGGUUGUGCGCUGGAGGAUUGCCCGGACUGAUGCCUGGACAAGUGCUACGAGCUGUCAAAGGGGUAUUUGGUCUUGCGACGGCUCCAAGGCAAUGGUGGGCUACGCUGAAGAGCACCCUACUCAAGGUGGAGCUGAUCGGCGAGAACGGCCGCAAGUUCAACCUGGUGCAGAGCCUGGUGGACCCAGCCUUGUUCGUGGGACACGGAUCAGAUGGAUCUCUGCAGGCCAUCGUGUGUGUUCAUGUCGACGACCUACUGAUAGCCGCUAGCACAAAGUCCAGCUACCAGACCAUCAAGGAGCUAGUUCCAUUCGGAGGUUGGCAAGGUUUACCUUUCACGUUCUGCGCUAAGGAUGUGACUACUCGUGCCGACGGUUCAGUUAUCCUAUGUCAAGAAGUGUUCGCCGACAAGCUGGAGCCACUCGAUCUCACCAAGGAGCGCAAGCGAGACUUGGGAUGUCCAGCCACAGAGUUGGAGAUCGCGGAGAACAGGAGCUUGGUGGGAAGUUUAGGCUGGCUUGGGACUCAGACACGACCCGAUUUAUCAGCAGGAGUUUCGAUGUCUCAGAGAGUUCAGAAUUCACCAGUGGUGGCCGACCUCAUCGAAACCAACCGUAUCGUGUCAGAGGCUCGACGUUUCAAGGAGACCGGUGUCACUAUUCCGAAGAUGGAGGGAGAUUUGUGUAUACUUGUGUUUCACGACGCCGCAUGGGCUAACGUUGACGAGCCAGAUGACAAGGUCUCUGGGGUUGCUUAG